AUGCGCGGCGCGGGGGCGGGGCCGGGGCUCCGCGCGGGGCGGGCGCGCAGCCGCCGUCGCGGGGCGCUUCGAGCGGCCGGGCAGCGCGGGCACCCAACCGCCGCCGGCUCCCUCGGCCCCGGCGGGCGACGCGCGCUUCCUCACGGCCGCAGCAGGCCGGCCGGGCCCGGGUCCCCGCCGCGUCGCUGCGCUGCGCGCGCCUUCAGACGGCGGUGCGGUCUCGGGGCGGCCCGUGCGGUGGGGUCGCCCCGAGCGCCCCGCGGCGCCGCCCGCUGCGGCCUUCCCGGCCCCCACGUGGGCUCCCUGCCCUUCCCCGACCCCUACGUGGGCUCCCUGCCCUUCCCCGCCCCCACGUGGGCUCCCUGCCCUUCCCCGCCCCCACGUGGGCUCCCUGCCCUUCCCAUCCCCCACGUGGGCUCCCUGCCCUUCCCGGCCCCCACGUGGGCUCCCUGCCCUUCCCCGACCCCCACGUGGGCUCCCUGCCCUUCCCGGCCCCCACGUGGGCUCCCUGCCCUUCCCCGACCCCCACGUGGGCUCCCUGCCCUUCCCGACCCCCACGUGGGCUCCCUGCCCUUCCCCGACCCCCACGUGGGCUCCCUGCCCUUCCCCGCCCCCACGUGGGCUCCCUGCCCUUCCCCGACCCCCACGUGGGCUCCCUGCCCUUCCCGGCCCCCACGUGGGCUCCCUGCCCUUCCCGGCCCCCACGUGGGCUCCCUGCCCUUCCCCGACCCUCACGUGGGCUCCCUGCCCUUCCCCAACCCCCAUGUGGGCUCGUGCCCACCUGGCGAUGACCUGGCUCGGAGGCCGCCAUGCCGGCUCCCACAGCCUCCUCGCCCUGCGCAGCCCCCGUGUGUGCUGUGGACUCCACAGACACGGUUAGCCGGCACAUGGAGACAUGGUCGCAAGGGGCGCGGGGCGGGAACGCAGCCCCAGCGAGCGCACCAAGGCAGCAGCGGCUGCAGAGGUCCACUCUUCCAUCAGGCAGCCAAAGCCCUGGACCCCCACGCAUCCCCCGUUCGCCUUGCUUUCCCGGAGCUCAGAGCCACCCACACCCCGAUACCCACCAGCUGCCCUGCCCUCUGGCCUGUACUGUCCAUCAGUGUGGCGCGGCUGCUGUGUGUAGCCAGGCCCAGGCCUUGAGCACACCGUGUGUGCGUCCACGUGCAGCGUGCGGUAGGUUAGGAUGGCGGAGCCUGGCCCCGCCUCCACGGCAUUUGACAGCAGUGGUGGGGAACUUCAGCUCCAAGGCCAGACUGGGUUGGGUCCGAUUCCAGCUCUGCUUCUCAGCGUGUAACGCUGGACAGGUCAUUCCAGCUCUCAGGGCCCCAGAGUAUCCGUCUGUGAUACACCUGCCACCUGCCUCGCAAGGCUGUUAGGAAGCACGAUGUGUGAUGCUUUCGUGUUGUCAAGAGCAUACUCAGCCCCGUGGUAAAUACGGCGUCUGCGGGGAAAAGCCUGAACCAGAAAGCUCGCAACACGGCGCCAGGCGCACAGAGAAACUGGAGCUGCCGGUCAGCACCGAGACGAUGCUGAGCUCCGUCGGACCUCCCGAGGAGGACCCGGUGGCUCUGACCACGGUGCCCAGCGUGCAGCAGUGCCUGGCGUGUGGCUCGUUCUCAGUGUUUCCUGCAUGAAUAAGAACUGCAGCAAAAAUAGAAGAGAUGAGGGUUCUGCGAGGACUGGGGACGAUGGACUGCUAAGCCAAGAAAGAACACGCUGAAGACUGCACCGCAGGGCCCAGGGAUAUAAAUUCUAGAAUUGGAAUUCAUCUCCCAACAGCUUGUCCAUUUGGUAAACUAGUUAAGAUCCAGAAAAUUCACCCUGAGUGAGGAGGAAAACAAACGAAUAAAUAGUUCGAGCUGUCGUCCGUGAGAGCGUCCUGGAUUCUGCUCAUCAGGUUGCCGAGGGGCAGGAGAUCUCGGUGAAAUGACUUUUCCUCUAAUCUUUUAAGAUGUAUUAAGAAGUCGGAGAAGAAUUCGACAAAGACCCUGGGGUGAAUUCAGUCCAACAGCCAGCAGCCCACACGACACUAAGCAACCAACAAUCAAUGGUUCGUUUUUAAAAAUUUUAACUCGGUUGUGUCAGUGCUUGUGUUUUGGAAUUCAGCCAUGUGACGACAUUCCUGAAAUGAUUAAAAGCACAGAUCUGGGUCCCAGCUGGACCUCUCCUCAAACCUCACUGCCUAACUGGGUAACCUUGAGCAACUUAUUAACUUUCUCCGAGACUCCUCUCUAAAGCAGGAAUAAGAAGUCUGUCACACAGAGGCCGGCGUGGAGGCGCGGUCAGUUAAGACACAGCCCGGGGUACUGACUUCCCAUACCAGAGAGCCUGGCUGUCGUCCCGGCUACUACGCUGUUCUGAUCCAGUUUCCUGCUACUGUGCCUGAGAGAGCAGCGGGAACUGGCCAAGUUCAUGGGCUCCUGCCACUCACAUCUGCCUCAGAUGGAGAUCUGGGCUCCUGGCUUAGGCCUGGCCCAGACCUGUUUAUUGUGAGCAUCUGGGCUGUGAACCCACAGAUAGAAGAUCUCUCUUUGACUUUCCCCAUCUCCCUGUCAUGCUGCCUUUCAAAUAGAUAAAGAAAGCUUUUUUAAAAAGGUUGGGCUGGCAUUGUGGCACAGCUGGUUAAGCCGUUGCUCAUAUUUCUCAUAAGGCCAGGCUCCCAUGUCAGAGUGCUGGUUCAAGUCUCUGCUUCCAAUUCAGCUUCCUACUCGUGUGCCUGGGAAAGCAGCAGAUAUGGCCCAAGUGCUCGGGCCCCUGCACCCAUGUAGGAGAUCAGGAUGGACUUUAUUUUAAAAAUUUAUUUGUUUAUUUGAAAGGCUGAGUUACAGAAGAGAGAGAGAGAGGAAGAGAGAGAGACAUCUUCUAUCCCAUUGGUUCACCCCCUGCCCCAAAUAGCUGCAACUACCACGGCUAGGCCUGCCUGAAGCCAGGCACCUGUAACUCCAUUCACAAGGGAGCAGGGGCCCACGCACUCAAGCCAUCUUCCGCUGAUCUUCCAGGCAUAUUAGCAGGAAGCUGGAUCAGAAGUGGAGCGGCUGGGACCAAUGUUGGCACUGUAACAGUGGCUGAACCCACUGUGCCACAACUCCAAGAUGGAGUUCUUGGCUCCUGGCUCCAGUCAGGCCCAGCUCUGGCUGUUGUUGGCAUGGGGAGUGAACCAGCAAAUGGAAGAUCUCUCCCUCUCUCUGUUGCUCUAACUUCCAAAUAAAUAAAUGCAUCUUCAAAAAUACAAUAUCUACCACACAGAGUUGGCAGUUGUGAAAAUAAUCUGACAAUGUUUUUAAAAUGAUUUAGCAUAGGGGCUGGCCACCUGCGGUGCUGGCAUCCCAUGCGGGCACCGGUUCUAGUCCCAGCUGCUCCUCUUCCAAUCCAGCUCUCUGCUGUGGCCUGGGAAGGCAGUAGAGGAUGGCCAAGGUGCUUGGGCCCUGCACCCACACAGGACACCAGGAGGAGGCUCCUGGCUCCUGGCUUCAGAUCAGCGCAGCUCCAGCCAUUGCGGCCAUUUGGGGAAUGAGCCAAUGGAGGGAAGACCUUUCUCGCUGCCUCUCCUUUUCACUGUCUGUAACUCUACUUCUCAAAUAAAUAAAUAAAAUCUUUUAAAAAAAUGAUUUAACAUGUCUGACAUAUAUCACAAAUAAUAAAUAACUAUCAUUAUCAUCUUUAUUCAAGAAGGCAAAAACCAUCUAAUUUUUGUACAACUGAUGCUGUUUAAUAGUUAUUUUUCAGAGAACUAACGAGUGUUCUAACACAAACUGCUGCUUAUCCACAUAGAAGCGUUUGUUAAGUGAAGAGAAUGAUCAACCGCAGUCUUGAAUACCGCUGUUCUCUAGGAAGCCUUGACAUCGUGUAGCACUGGUCCUGUUGUUCUCAGACACAUCCCAGACGUCAUCUCGUUGACAUCUACAGAAUUCCUUCUGGGACUCUGAGAACUGACAUCUUGACAACACUGGGUCCUACGAUUAAUGAACACACGUGUGUGUAUGCAUGUAGCCGUUUAUUUAAAUCCUUUGACUUGUCUCACCCGUGUGGUACACGUUUCCGCACACAAUCCUGCAUGUAUUUUCUUAGAUUUACAGCCAUUUCCUCACAAUUAAGUCAGACGCCAGCUGUGCAUAUCCUGGUGUUCUUUACCACAUUAACGACCUUCUCACUCCUAGUGUCUGGAGAGUUUUGAUCACAAAUGGACGUUGAGUUUCACCAACUUCUUUUUCUGCAUCUGUUGAGAUGAUCUUGUGAUUUUUUACUUUAUUCUGUUAUUAUGGUGAAUUGCAUGUAUUGAUUUUCAAGUUAUUGAAUCAGACUUGCACUCCUUCAGCAGUCAUCACUUGGCCAUGAUGUAUUAUCCUUUUUAUAUAUUCCUAUAUUUUACUUCCUAAUGUUGUUGAGGGACAUUGU